CGGUGUCUGGUGUUUUUAACAAUUGACGCGCACAUCUCCUCUGUCAGACUUUACUCACCUCGGCUGCCACCACUGUGAAAAAGAUGCAUCUCGGUGUGACUUUGCUUCCAAUUCUUGCUGUGCUCUUCCUGCCAGGAGCAUGGGCUCAGAGUGGCAGCAGCAGACUUGGUGUUGUGGUGGAGGCCAAGAACAUCACCCUCCCUGCAGGGUCUGAGGCUGUAUUGCCCUGCCACAGCCCCCGCAUGGUGUGGACCCGGGACAGACUGAAGGACCGUCAGAGGGUGGUGCACUGGGAUUUGGUCCGCAGCAGCCCAGAGUAUUCUGUGGAGCGUGUACUGGACAUGUCCCCUGGAGCCCACCUGAGGGUCUACAAUUCCUUCAACAAGGACCGUAUCUCCCUCACAGACACUGCUUUUAAUGAUGGCAACUUCUCCCUUAUCAUCAACAAUGUGGUCUCAACUGAUAAAGGUGUUUACACGUGUAAUCUACACCAUCAUUACUGCCAGAUUCACCAGUCCAUUCAAAUCCAACUCAAUGUCACCAAGUCACCUCGGAAAGAGAAACGUUUCUGGGAUGGAGAGAAGACUGUGUUAGUGGUUCUGUUGGGCAGCUCGGUGGUAUUGCCUUGUGUGAAUCGGCGCCCCCUGUGGAGAGAGGGCCUCCAGGAGGACCAGCAGCAAGUGGCUCACUGGGACUUCCAGCCCCCUGGAGUGCGUCCUGAUAGGGCCGACCGCUUGGUGGACCUCUAUGCCUCCGGAGAGCGCCGGGAUUACGGACCACUCUUUGGGCAGAAAAAGAUGAGCGUGGCAGAAGAUGCUUUUACAUUAGGGGACUUCUCACUGUCCAUUUCUGACUUGAAGCCAGUUGAUAGAGGCCUGUACUCCUGCCACCUGCACCAUCACUACUGCGGUCUUCACGAGAGACGCAUCUUUAGGCUGACUGUGGGACCUGCGCUUCCAGCCACUCCCACCGAAGCACCCAAAACUUUCCAGAAUGAGCCAGCGCCAAGGACUGAAGAGGUGGAGAGUCCACGAGUGGUGAAUGUCAUCCUCCCUGAGCAUCGAGGUUAUUUCGUGCAGCAUCUGGGCUACUUCCUGGCAACCUUCUUACUGCUGGCACUCAUCGUUGUCGCUGUCAUCGUGCUGACUCGACGACGCAAAAAGAGAGGGCUGGACUAUGACGUGCACAGAUAUGAUCGGAGAAACAUGAUGGGGGAAGGUGAAAUAUCAUUAGACUGUGCAGAGCUGAAGGCCUGUAACCAAGAACCUCUGAAUUCAGACUACAAAAACAACCUACUGAAAGAGAGGGAUAUGACCAAAGACUGCAAUACGAGCUAUGAUGGAAAGCCGUGGAAGUGAGUGAGAUGUUUCUGAAAUGCUGCUGGCAGGUCCAGAGCAAACACCAGAAGAGUGAAGAAGGUUGGAGUGGAAGUGGAGAAAUAACAGGAAACCCAGGAGAGGACAGGAGGAAUGCUCCCUCUGCUGUAAUUUUAGCACACUAAGCUUUUUCACUAAAAGGCAUCAACAUUUUUUACGUGUUUUUAAAAAAUAUAUAACUUGCAAUUUUUACAGCUGUUAUAACAAUAUGAUCCUUACUUGUUGGUGGAUUUAUGAUGAGUAUUAGGCAUUUUUUUCGUCCAUUUUGUAUUAUGUUUUUUACUUAAAUGCAUGAUGUUUAAUUCAAGUAUGUUUUAUUUGUACUGUGCAUGCUUACAGAGCUGAAAGCCCACAGCUCUUUUUUUAUAGUUGUUUAAAAUUUAAUGUUUUCUAUCUUUUUUUUGCACAAAUUCUGCUGUACUGUAAUUUGUAAAAGGCAAUGCAUCAUGUUUCAACAGUUAAUUUACUGUAUGUAGACAGUGUUUGGAAACAAGUGCCACACAUUUCUAGUUAUAGGAAGUUAUUCAUUUUAAACUUAUCAUGGUACUUUCAGAGUGACUACAAAUGACCUUUUUUUUUGGAUUUAACAUAUUUCAGAAAUACAGUCUCCUGCCUGACUUAAAUUCUUCUCCGAAUUAUCAUUUUAUAUACACUGGCCCCUUGGAAAAGUUUGGUUCAUUAAUAACGUAUUAGGUGAAAGAUAAUGAAAUUGAAGGACUGUGGACUAAAGGCUCAGUCUAUCAAAACUCAGGAAAAAAGAAAAUCUUUUAACCAUUUAUAUGGAUUUUAAUGAGCUGUGUAGUACUUGUUUGCAUCAAGCAUGUACCAUGUACCCUGGUUUAAUAAAACACUGAAUAUUGAUUACUGAAUCUGCUGGUGAUACAGGUACAGAUCUGCUAUAAACUGUGUGGCUGCAGCUCUAUGAGGUUUACUGCAGGAAAGAAGUGUGUCUACAAUCUCAGUAAUGCUAAACCACAACUGUAAUCCUAAACCCCAUUUUUUAAAGUCUCGCUCUCUGUCUUGCUCUCUCAUCCAUUUGCACACAGUCAAAUAUUGCUCUCUUCUAAUAAAACAUUAAAAAAUCCCAACAUUGGCCACAGACUCUUUAAAUGUGAUCUAGUUGAUAGAGGCUUCUCCA